CAGUCACGUGAGCCACCGAGCGUCGGCGACAGGGCACGAAGCGCCGUUUUAUAUUCGCCUUCAUGCCCUUCAAAUGACACUAUUCCGUUGGCAGCCGUAGUGAACGGAUCUAAUUCUUUGGGUGUAUAUUGCGAUCAAGACGACGACAUGAGCAAAAUCGGAAUUAACGGAUUUGGCCGUAUCGGCCGUCUCGUGCUAAGGGCUUCCCUGGAGCGCGGUGGUCAGGUCGUCGCCAUCAAUGACCCUUUCAUCGGUCUCGAUUACAUGGUCUACAUGUUCAAGUAUGAUUCCACCCAUGGUAAGUUCAAGGGAGAAAUCAAGGCCGAGGAUAACUGUCUCGUCGUAAAUGGAAACAAGAUCGCAGUCUUCAGCGAGCGCGACCCGAAAGCGAUCCCUUGGGCAAAGGCCGGCGCCGAGUAUGUCGUUGAGUCGACCGGCGUGUUCACAACCAUCGAGAAGGCAUCCGCUCACUUGGAAGGCGGCGCCAAGAAAGUCAUCAUCUCCGCCCCAUCAGCUGACGCGCCGAUGUUCGUCGUUGGCGUCAACUUGGACGCUUAUGAUCCAAGCUUCAAGAUCGUCUCCAACGCCUCGUGCACCACCAACUGCUUGGCUCCUCUCGCCAAGGUGGUCCACGACAACUUCGAGAUUGUCGAGGGUCUCAUGACGACCGUGCACGCGAUCACGGCCACCCAGAAAACCGUCGACGGACCUUCUGGCAAGCUGUGGCGUGAUGGCCGCGGCGCAGCACAAAAUAUUAUUCCUGCUGCAACUGGAGCUGCCAAGGCAGUUGGCAAGGUCAUUCCCGCCCUCAACGGAAAGCUCACUGGCAUGGCCUUCCGCGUACCCGUGCACAACGUAUCCGUGGUUGACUUGACGGUUCGACUCGCCAAGCCUGCCUCCUACGAGGCUAUCAAAGCAAAAGUGAAGGAAGCUGCUGAUGGUCCUCUAAAGGGUAUCCUUGGCUACACCGAGGACGAAGUUGUCUCGUCCGAUUUCAUCGGUGACAAUCACUCCAGCAUCUUCGACGCCAAGGCCGGCAUACCUCUAAAUGACAACUUCGUGAAACUGAUCUCGUGGUAUGACAACGAGUUUGGUUACUCCAGCCGAGUCAUUGACUUGAUCAAGUUCAUGCAGAGCAAGGAUAACUAAAUGGUCACCAGAAGUUGAAUGUUUAUCCACGUCCUCCUAUAGCUCCGGUCGUGCCGUAUGGCAAUCACUGUAUGGAGCAUGUCAUUGUAAAAAAAGCUGCUGUAAGAAACACUCUAUUAAUCAGCAUCAUUAUGAACUUUUAGCAGAGAUCUACCUGGAAAAUAAAGCCGAAGGAUGUUAACACAUGUUCUUUUUCGCGCAGUUAAUAGAAUUGUAGAUAAAGUGUUGCUAAAAAAUAAGACAGGCUCUGGUGUUUACAUCUAAAAAUCUAUAUAUUUAUCUUGUUACUAUUAGAGUCGAUUUGAAUAAAACAAACGUGUAAAAUGUGAAUAUUAUAAUUUACAUUGUACACUAGAGCCUGCGUAAUCGUAAAGUAUGUAUUACGUAAAAUCAGAACUAUACGACAAUAUACAGUUCAAUUGUCUAAAUUUAUUAUUAUCGAGCGCGAUUUUAUUCAUCGAAUUUCGUCACAGUGUAUUGCUAUGUGUACGGAAGUUUUAUUGGACUUGCGUCCUAUUAUACUUGUAUAGAAUUGCAAUUGCAAUACUCAACUCGUCAUUCAUCCAUUCAUAUUCAAGAAAUAUGUUACAAAUAUUUGUAAUUGUUUUUCCUUCUGUAUGAUGAACAUUAUUUUUUCAUUCACACAAUGACACCAAUAAAAAUUGUUAUGAAACUAAAA